AUGAGCGCCCAUCCCCAGACCGAAGACAAGUCGGUGGCUGUCACCGAUCACAUCGAUGAGCACGGCAAUUCCGACAACAAUGUCGAUUCCAAUGCUAUCGGCAAGGCGCUUGCUGCGGGUGAAGCUGUCCAGAUGCGUUCCGAGCUUGAUGACCUGCCCAUCCACAAGGCUUUCCGAAUUUUCUGGCGUGUUGCUGCGCUGUGUAUGCUUGCCGCCUUUGCGUCUGCGCUCGAGGGCUACCAAUACACUCUCACGGCAUCUAUCGUCGCAAACAAAGGUUUCAUCCGGCAGAUGUCUAACGGCGGCACGAAACUCGCCGCUGAACAUGUAGCCGUCUGGGGAGGCAUGUUAUCCACAGGUCAAUUCGUUGGUGUCUUAGGUCUACAGGCAUGCAUCGACAAACUGGGCCGAAAAUGGGCCAUGCACCUUACAUGGCUAGCCCUGGUUGUCUCCAUCACCGUCGAGUCCGUCUCGAGCAACUGGGUUCACUGGACCGUCGCCAAGUUGAUCGCGGGUAUGGGGUUGGGCAUGAUGCAGGCUACGUACCCCGUUUACAUCUCAGAGUUGUCGCCAACCCAAAUCCGGGGCGGUCUCACAACUGCCUAUCAAUUCUGGAACGUGUUGUCCCAUAUCUUCUCCCCAUUGGCUCUCCGAGAGCUGAGCCAUACCGACCCUUACAACUUCAAGGCCCCCAUUUACACCCAGUGGGGCAUGUUGGCGGUCAUGCUCGUCAUCAACCUCUUCGUUCCAGAAAGUCCCUGGUGGCUUGUCCAAAAGAAUAGGAUCCCUAAAGCCGAGAAGGUCUUGGCAUUCGCUUACAAGGGCGUCAAGAGCUACAACGUCAAGGAGCAGCUGUCCAUCAUCGUCGCCACUGUCGAGCGCCACCGCCUCAUCAACGUCGAGGAGAAAUCCCAACUCAAGGAGAUUUUCACAGGUAUCAACCUCUGGCGUCUGCUGAUCGCCUUCUGGCCCAAGGCCAUGCAGCAACUGGUCGGACAGAGCUUGACCAACAACUACGGCACUUACUUCUUCCAAUUGGCCGGAAAUUCGGACCCGUUCACCGUCACAAUGAUCCUCGCCCUCUGCCAGCUCGUGGGCGUCAUGGCCUGUGCACUACUCUCAGACAGAUUUGGUAAACGAUGGUUCACCAUUGGCAUGUUCGGGUCAGCUGCCGUGGCUGUUCUAUGCAUUGGUAUUGUCGGUUGUUUCAAUUACACCAGUAAAGAACUGGGCAGCUUGUUGGUGUUUUUUGGCUGCGUGUCUAACUUUGGUUGCAUUGGCGGCGCCGGCAUUGCAUACACAUACGUCGCUGAGAUCCCUACCCAGCGUCUCCGUGCUCGAACAGGCUCCGUGGCCCUGCUGGGUUCAUUCCUGCUCGGCAUCAUGUUCAACUAUACUGUUCCCUUCAUGCUCAAGGCAUGGAACGUCAGGGCUGGAUUCUUCUUCGGGACUGUUGGCAUUCUGUCAUGUGUUGUUGGUUGGUACAUCCUGCCCGAGAUGGCUCGCCGUACCCCCGCCGAGAUCGAUGAGAUGUUCCAGGACAAGAUCAAGCCAAGAGCUUUCCGGAAGCAUGUCACGCAUGUCCAGACUUAUCUCGCGGAGAAGGAGGAAAGGGAGAGGGCAGGCCAGGAAAAGCUUGAGUAG